AUGCCUCUGCCCAGCACCGAAUGCGACGUUCUCGUCGUCGGCAGCGGCAACGCAGGAUUCUCCGCCGCUCUGUCAGCCGCUGAAACGCAGUUCCCAUCCGGCCAAAAGCCAACUGUCCUGCUAAUUGACAAAUGUCCCGAAGAAUGGGUUGGAGGAAACUCCUACUUCACCGCCGGCGCCUAUCGUACAGUCCACGACGGCCUCGACGAUGUCCUCCCGCUCGUCAACAACGUCGACAGCGAAAAGGCGACCAAGAUUGACCUGGCACCUUACAGGGUUGAGAACUUUGCAAAGGACAUGGAAAACGUCUGCGCUGGACGUUCGGACAAGGAGCUCUCUCGAGCACUGAUCACGGACUCACGGUCUACCGUGAAGUGGCUUGCAGAACAUGGCAUUCGUUUCCAGCUUUCUUUCAACCGACAGGCAUAUGAAGUCAACGGGAGGAUCAAAUUCUGGGGCGGGCUGUGUCUCAAGACCGAGGACGGAGGCAAGGGUCUCAUCGCGGAUCAUCUAGCUGCGGCCAAAGCCAGUGGUGUGCUCCUCUCUUGGGGUACUGGGCUGAAAGGGGUCAAACGACAGACCGAGGGUGGGAAGCAUCGCUAUCUGGCUACGGUUGUUCACGAAGGAGUGGAGCAGGUCAUUUCAGCAAAUGCGAUUGUAUUCGCAGCAGGCGGCUUUGAGUCGAACCCACGGAUGCGCAGUCAGUAUCUUGGACCUGGGUGGGAUAUGGCAAUGGUGCGCGGGACACCGUAUAACAUGGGAGACUGCAUCGAGCUGGCUAUUCGUGAUCUCGACGCUUUGCCUGUAGGCAACUGGUCCGGGUGCCAUGCUACAUGUUGGGAUGCAAAUGCGGAUCCGUCAGUCGGUGACCGCGAGGCAUCCAACGAGCACACCAAGUCCGGAUACCCCCUGGGCCUCAUGAUCAAUGUCGAAGGAAAUCGGUUCGUUGACGAAGGUGUUGCAAUGAGAAACUACACGUAUGCCAAGUUUGGCCGUGCCAUCCUCCAACAGCCGGAUCACGUCGCAUUCCAGAUUUGGGACGCCCGAACGACACCAUGGUUACGAUCUGAAGAGUAUCGCCCGGAGAGACUCAAGGAAAAUCGCUUCGAGGCGGCAACGAUUGAAGAGCUCGCAGACAUCUUAUCUUCGAAUGGACUCAAAGAUCGUGAAAAGUUCCUCAGCACUUUGCACGAGUACAACUCUGUAGUAUAUGCGUUUCAGCAGGAAAACCCAUCGGCAAAGUGGGAUCCUUCUGUUCUGGACGGUGUUUCGACACAAUCAUCGACGAAGCAACUGCCAUUGGCCAAGUCGAAUUGGGCACUUCCUGUUGAUAAGGGUCCGUUUCUUGCUGUCAAGGUGACUUGCGGGGUUACGUUCACAUUUGGCGGACUCAAAGUGGACGCUGAGAAUGCGCAGCUAAUCAGUGCCACGACAAGGAAACCCAUCCCAGGAUUGUUUUGCGUUGGUGAGAUGAUGGGAGGCCUGUUUUACCAGAACUAUCCAGGAGGUAGUGGGCUGACUUCGGGUGCUGUCUUUGGUCGGAGGGCAGGCAAAGCUGCCGCGGUGAGCGGCGGGGAGGUUUGA